AUGCUGGCGAUAGACCCGGAGCCUCUCCUUACCUCUUUCUGUGUUGAAAUCCCACUCCUGGGGAGAUGGUCAUGUAAGGGGAAAGGUGUGGUGGAUGAGGUCAAUGUUUAUUGUUGGUUGCCCGUCCUCUCUGGGAAUGCGUUUCCGGGCCUCAGCUUGGAUUCUCUCCAGUUCCUCCAUGUUGUCUCGGUCACCAGUAGUGAAGGAGUUGGUUGCCGGUUGCAUCAGGGGGUCCGGCUGCCUGCAAGGGAAGCACGGUGGAAUCUGCAGGCCCUUGGGGGCCAAGGGAGACUGCCCUGUGUGCCCUCCCCCUCGUCCCUGCACUGCCGUUACUGCUGCUGUUGCAGUCGCUGCUCCAGCCUCAUCCAGUUCCGGCAGCUGAGGCUGUGGCUGUUCUGCUAUGACAUGCUCUGGCGACACAGGCAACUGAAUGAGUGGAUAAGCUGCAGCCCCAUGCUACAGAGAAGAGUCUACCAUUCCAGGGCAGCCAUCCAGAGGAAGCUUUAUGUUCUUGGAGGCAAUGAUCUGGAUUACAACAAUGACCGGAUUCUUGUGAGUCACACAGAUUCUUAUAACAUGGACACUGAUCAGUGGACCCAUUGCAAUUUUAACCUGUUGACUGGCCAGAAUGAAUCUGGAGUUGCUGUCCACAAUGGGAGAGUAUAUUUAGUCGGUGGAUAUUCAAUUUGGACAAAUGAGCCUCUGGCUUUUAUCCAGGUUCUAGAUGUAAGCAGAGAAGGCAAAGAAGAAGUAUUCUAUGGGCCUACACUACCUUUUGCUUCCAAUGGAAUAGCAGCAUGCUUCCUUCCAGCCCCAUAUUUCACAUGCCCCAACCUUCAAACUCUUCAAGUGCCUCAUCACAGAAUUGGUACCAUCUGAAAAGCCAAUGCUCUGUUAGUAACCAUCACCAAUGGAGGAAAAAAUAACUGUGACUUCCAGAUAGUGGACUUGAAACUCCUCAGUGCUCAAUGCUC